AUGGAUUCAAUCCGCGUUCUGGUGACCGGCGGCUGUGGCUUCCUAGGUACUGCCAUCGUCUCCGCACUCUUACACAGCAAGAAAUACUCCGUCACGGUCAUAGACGUCAAUCCGCCCUCGCUUGGCAGCGACACCUUUACCAACAGCGUACGCUAUGUCCGCUGCAACAUCAUGGACUCAUCUUCUCUGUCCAGUGUUUUUUCCGAAGCUCGACCUGCUGUCGUCAUUCACACAGUGGGUAUCUUCCCCCUAGGUACGAAGCGAUACUCCAUGCGGGGCAAAGACGCCGUCUUCAAGAUCAACGUCGAGGGAACAAGGAAUGUUAUUGAAGCAAGCAGAGAGUGUGGUGCAAAGGCUUUUGUGUACACGAGUAGUGUGACUGUUGUUCUGGAUGAGUUGGAUCGCGAUUUCAGGAACGUAGAUGAACGUUGGCCCACAGGUGGUGUCCACACGAGCUAUGGACAGAGCAAGGCACUCGCAGAAUCUAUUGUUCUUUCCGCAAAUACGCACGACUUCGCGACUUGUGCUCUGCGUUCGGCCCCCAUCUUUGGCCGCAAUGACACCGUGUGCAUCCCCACAAUACACUCGUGUAUCUCAGCGUACCAAACACCCUUCAUCCUAGGCACAGGAACCAACCUGCAAGAUUUUGUUUAUAUAGAAAACGUAGCAGACGCACAUGUCCUCGCCGUCGGCAAUCUGCUAAAUUCGCAAACUGCUGCUGGUGAAGCCAUGUUCAUUACCAAUGGCGAGCCUGUCACAGCGAGGGCCUUGUGUCUAGCAGUAUGGAAGGAAUUCGGUCAUGUUCCAAGGUUCCACGUUAGAGUUCCAGAAGGGUUGACGUGGUGUUUGGGUUACUGUGCUGAAUGGGUUAGUUGGAUGACGGGAACAGAAGGGGUGCUUAGUCGGGGUAUUGUGAGUGAUGGAUGCCGCGAUCGCUAUGUUAGUAUUUCGAAAGCAAGAUUGUUGUUGGGUUACAAACCUCGAGUCGGCUUGGAAGAGGGUUUGAGAAUCAGUUGUGAGCAUUACAAGGCGAAGUUGGGAGGAAGGAGGAAGAAUUAA